CGUUCACCCAUCACUUGCUUUCCAGAGCUCUCAUCCCUCCAGAGAAAGAGUUCUAGCCUCAUGGAGCAAAUGCCUUUGAACCCACCAAGUCCUCGAGGGGCACAGAGGUUCAAGAAGCCAUGGCUCUUAUGCAUAGUUCCUCUGUUGUUGCUGCUGUCCUAUACCACGGGCAUGCUGAUCUUUACUUCACUCAAGCCAACUGCCAAAGAGCCCUGUAUGGUUAAGUUCGAACUAUCACCUUCAAAGUGGCAAAUGACAUCUCCUGAACCUCUUUGUGUAAAUAUGACAUCUGAUGGGAAGCUGGAGAUACUUCAGGAUGGCGUGUAUUUAAUCUAUGGCCGAGUGACUCCUGUCAAUAAAGAAGACAUAAAAAACUCUGCUGACUUUAUAGUAGAGCUAGUUAAAGAAGGAAGUGUUUUACAAUCUGCAACAAAUGACUUUCAAAUCCUAACUAUAGGAGGGAUUUAUGAAUUGCAUGCCGGAGAUUCCAUAUAUCUGAGGUUCAACUGUGAUAACCAUGUUCAGAAAAAUAAUACAUACUGGGGGAUUGUUUUAAUGCCAGAUCUCUCAUUCAGCUCCUAGAGAUUUGGUUUGGUCUCAUCAUCUUCCUCAGUGUAUCCAGCAAUGCUGGUGGGGGGUGGGGGGUUGACUUCAAUGCACACAGUUUGUGGUGGCUUGCAAAUCAACACAAACAUAACCUCUUGGCAUCAUAAGAUUUUAACCCUCACAUCUGUCUGAAGAAGACUCACUGAAUUGGCCAAAUCCUUGAUGUUGGGUCUAAAAAUACACUUUCAUAAUCCAUGAUAAAAUGAGUAUGGGUAGCAGAGGACAGAAACACUUCCGAAGACGAUCUGUCUGACCUUUGGAUCUCUGGGUGGAAAAUGAGGUCCUAUUCUUACUUGGUUUGCAAAAAGGAUGUUGGACAGUAACCUGGCCUUCCCCCCCCCCCAUCAUAAUCUCCUUGAACUGCUUUAUCUUAAUUCCUCCAUACUCUUACCUUCUGAGAGCUUCCUAUUGAAAAGCUGUCAGACUGGUGCUGUGGCCAAGAUAUGCCAAUAACACCUCCUUUAGAUGUGGUAUGAAACCUAUUGGGACAGAGGUGGAGAUGUUAUGGAAUGAAAUUGAUCUUGGAGUUUUCUUGAUUUCAUCAUGCUCAGGAUGCAGGUUCAUUCUGAAUUUUCACAUAAGCCUCCAUUGUUUUUGUGUGCAUGUGUGCAUAAACACUGCAAACAGUAAAAUGAGAGUUUGAAUCAGUAGUCAUUCUAUUUAACCCCAGAAAUUGGUACUUCUAUGACUAUAUUAUGUAACAAUUCCAAAUUUUUAAUUUGUGUUCCCUAACUGGCAAAUGUAUCAAUUUUCCUAUACCCAACCAACUCUAUGAUGCUAAUGGGGCAAGUAUUCUUAGAAAAAAUUGAACAAUAAGGACAUGGCUAGAUGGACCAUAAAAUUCUUACCCCAACUCAAAUUCACAAUGAAUUGGGUGGGAUUUUGCCAUUCACAAGGUCUCUAAUUUGAAACUGGUAUUUCUACUGUCUCAUUAUACUUAUGUAAAACAGAAUAAAUUCAACUUUUAAAAUGGAUGCAUCACCUUUACCCCAAGGUGGCCAGAAUGAAGCUACAAGAGAGUCUUUCUUUACCAGCAGACAUUGUCCUCUUCUUGCCUGGAGCAAGAAAAGCCAGGACCCUGUUGGAAAAGCCCAUUUAAUUUAAGCGUGCUGACUUCUCCAAGUAAUAAAGAACAUUCAUGUUCAAACUUUGGACCCUGUUAAAUUUAACCAGCUUGUAAGUUCUUGUUGAAAAGUAUUUUAAACCAAUUUACAAUAUUUAUGGGUAUUUGUGAAAAGCUAUAUUAUAAUUAUGUUUUAUAUAAGGCUAAUUUAAAAUAUUUUUAUUGUAUGUAACAAAAUAAUUAUUGUAGGCUAAGCUAUUUCUUCUUAUUUUUUUAUGAAUACUUGCUGAAUUGCUGAAGAGUACAAAGACUCUUAUGUCUGCAUAUCUUCUCAGGAAAUUAAAAUUAUAUCAUAUAUAUUUAUAGAAACCUGUUAGUGUUGAUAUUUGUUGUGUUGUAAGCAGCCCUGUGCUGGCAUGGGCUAACACUACUUUAUAAAAACCAAUUGUUUAAAUUUUUUUGAAUUGUGUAGUCUGGGAAUUUUUAUACCAUGGAGAUUGACAAACACUACAAACCAAAGCAUGGAAAACUGGUUCACUAGGACAAUAUUCUUUGUAAAAGGUGUGUGUGUGUGUGUGUGUGUGUGUGUGUGUGUGUGUGUGUGUGUGAUG